ACACAGGCUUCUAGUUCCUCACUCAAGAACUAGUUACACCUAGUUUUAACUUCUUUGUCUCUCUAUAUGUUUUUUUAUUUUAAACUUUAUUGACUUUUUGGCUUUAAUAAUUCCUAGCUGCUACUAGCCUUUGCUCCCUAGACAAUACUUCUCGUACUCUAUAUAUUUAUUCUCCUCCAUUCUUCCUAUUUUAUUGCAGUUAUCAAAAUUGCUAUAUGACCAUCAGUCUUUAGUUGCAGCUUGAGAACAUUGACCUAAAGCUAAUUAAAGUCCUUGAAGUUAUAUAAUCCAAUAGCUUCACAGCGGCUUUCCUGCUCAAGCAGGCCUUGCAGCUUGAACCAGUGACCAUUCAAAUCUUGUGUCAUCCCCUUCCCUUCUACUAAGGUGAAGGUCAUUGUUGAUGUCUUCAAUGGGUCCUGCUGCUGAUGAAAAUCUUGAAACAAAAGGGAUAGAUGAGAGAAGUUUGUCAUCUUCACAUGGUAAUGCACCAUACGUCCACAAAGUGGCAAUUCCUCCAAGACAGAACCUCUUCAAGGAAUUCCAAUCCACUAUAAAAGAAACAUUCUUUGCUGAUGAUCCUCUACGAUCCUUCAAAGAUCAAACAAAGUCUCGGAAGCUCAUCCUCGGUAUUGAGGCUAUAUUCCCCAUACUUAAUUGGGGGAGAGCUUACAACCUUAAAAAAUUUAGAGGAGAUAUUAUAUCUGGUCUCACUAUUGCAAGUCUUUGCAUUCCUCAGGAUAUUGCAUACGCCAAGCUGGCUCAUUUGGCUCCACAGUAUGGACUAUACUCCAGCUUUGUUCCACCACUGAUUUAUGCUGUCAUGGGUAGUUCUCGUGAUAUUGCAAUAGGACCAGUGGCAGUGGUUUCUCUCUUGUUAGGGACCUUACUUAGUAAUGAGAUUGAUCCUGUUACACAUGCAGCAGAAUAUCGACGUCUUGCUUUUACAGCCACUUUUUUUGCUGGGAUUACCCAAGCAACGCUUGGGGUUUUUAGGUUAGGAUUCUUGAUUGACUUCUUAUCCCAUGCUGCUAUUGUCGGUUUUAUGGGGGGUGCUGCCAUCACAAUUGCCCUUCAACAGCUUAAGGGUUUUCUUGGCAUUAAAAGUAAAAUGUUCACAACGAAAACUGAUAUUGUCUCUGUGUUGAAGUCAGUAUUCUCAUCAGCACAUCAUGGAUGGAACUGGCAAACUAUACUCAUCGGAGCUAGUUUUUUGGGUUUUCUUCUGGUUGCCAAAUAUAUCGGAAAGAAGAACAAGAAAUUCUUCUGGGUGCCAGCAAUCGCCCCAUUAAUAUCCGUUGUGUUGUCCACUUUUUUUGUAUUCAUAACCCGAGCAGAUAAGCAAGGAGUAGAAAUUGUAAGACACAUAGAGAAAGGGAUCAAUCCUUCAUCAGUUAAAGAAAUUUAUUUUAGCGGUGAAUACCUUGGUAAAGGUUUUAGGAUUGGCAUCGUGGCAGGGAUGAUAGCAUUGACUGAAGCCAUAGCAAUUGGAAGAACAUUUGCAUCUAUGAAGGACUAUCAACUGGAUGGAAACAAAGAAAUGAUGGCAUUAGGAGCAAUGAAUGUUGUUGGUUCGAUGACUUCCUGUUAUGUGGCAACCGGUUCUUUCUCUCGGUCAGCGGUAAAUUUUAUGGCUGGUUGCCAAACUGCAGUUUCUAAUAUUGUGAUGUCAAUAGUUGUGUUCUUAACCCUGCAAUUCAUAACUCCUCUAUUUAAGUACACUCCAAAUGCCAUUCUUGCUGCCAUCAUCAUUUCUGCUGUCAUCAACCUUGUGGACUAUCAGGCAGCGAUUUUGAUUUGGAAGAUUGAUAAACUUGAUUUUGUUGCUUGCAUGGGAGCAUUCUUUGGGGUUGUUUUUGCCACGGUUGAGAUAGGACUUCUAAUUGCUGUCUCUAUAUCCUUUGCGAAGAUCCUACUACAAGUCACAAGGCCCCGAACUGCUAUUCUUGGGAAGAUUCCAAGAACUUCCGUCUAUAGAAACAUCCAACAAUACCCAGAAGCUAGUAAGGUUCCAGGUGUACUGAUUGUAAGAGUCGAUUCGGCAAUAUAUUUUUCCAACUCCAAUUAUGUUAAAGAAAGAAUAUUAAGAUGGCUGAUAGAUGAAGACGAAAAAGUGAAAGGAGACUACCACACAAAAAUCCAGUUUUUGAUAGUUGAAAUGUCACCUGUUACUGACAUCGACACUAGCGGCAUCCAAGCCUUUGAAGAGUUACACAGAAGUCUUACGAAGAGAAGUGUUGAGCUUGUUCUGGCAAAUCCUGGCCCGGCAGUGAUAGACAAGCUUUACACAUCCAAUUUUGCGAACUCGAUUGGGGAGGACAAGAUCUUCCUCACAGUUGCAGAGGCUGUUGCAUACUGUUCUCCAAACCUGGCUGAGUACCCAUGAAAAAUCUGAAUUUCCCACCUUCAUGAGAGAAAAAAUGGGAUGCAUAAAUGAUCGAUAAUGAUGUGGGAAUAUAGACCAGUGGCUUUCAGCUUAGUAGCUAGUAACUAUAGUGAAGAAUGAAGGUCUAAAGGAUGAGAUGGUCACUACAAAAAGCUAGUAGAAGUGGCCUAUCAUAAUGCAAGUUAGUGAUCCGGGAUCCUUAUCCUAAAGUGGGGAAAUCAAAGAUAAAAUAAAGAUAUAUAAAAGGUGCGCCAGUUGUGCACCUUAAUAAGCAUUAACACGUCCCCUUGUUUUUAUUUGAAUGUCCAUUGAAUCAAACAUGGGUGUCUGUAUGAAGAAUGGUCUCUUUUGAACAAGGGAAGCUGUUCAUCCCUCCCCUCUCUCUCUCUC